CUCUUCGCUUUUUCGCUUGUUUUUCGGGCUAUAUUGAAUUCUUGUUUUCUGGAAAGAAAGUUGGGUUGUUCGCAAUUCAAAAGAUUUCAAAGAUUGUAAAAUGGACGAUACCACUUUUUCUUGAUAUUUAAAAACGCAGAAGUGGCGAGCCUAUACAACGCACAUCAUGAAUGUAUAUAUGGGCAAUGCCAAAAAUCAUGUUUGCAUUAAGCUAAAGUUUAUGUAUUGUAAUGCUCCCUGAUAUACGUAGAAUAUAUGUUUCUGCUAUACGAGAAACUUGUUUAUACAGAUGCGAGAUCUUUUGUUUUUGGCAAACAACAGAAACAAUGGCUGCCGCUUUUUGAUAAGUGGUCUUCUUUCCCGCUGUUUGUACUUUUGUUACUUUGAUUGCUUUAUAAAAAGCUGCACCAACUGUAGCAAAGGAAUGAUAGCAACUAGAAGACAGAAGCAAGAUGGUCCCAUCGUAUUACUUGCUGAUCGUGGCUGCGCUGCUGUCGGCGUGCUUGACCGUCCAAGCGCAGAUCCUCGGUCGUGGACAUUGCCGUCCCACCUUAAUCAAAGUGCAAGUGGGUGGCACUGUGUGCGAGCGCCUCUGCUACCGCCGGGACUACCGCGGCCCACCGCUCCUCUGCCGUCGUGUUGCAAGGGAGGGAGUGGUGCCCGUCUGCGGCAACGGUUGCUGCCUCAGCGGUCCCAACUGCCUGCAGCUGUUAUACACCUAAAGUUAGUUUUAAAAUAAGACAAGAAAAUCAUUGUAACAUAUUAAGUACUGCACAAUCCUAAACUAAAUGAGAUAAGAUAAAAUUAAGUUGGAAUGUUACUGAACAUGGAUUGCAAUAGUCACGCUUAUGAUUGUAAGUUGGAUUAUAUGCCAUAAAUUAUAGCUAUAUAAAAGAUAAAGAUGAUAUAAAGAUAUUGCAUAAAAUCAUAAAUUAAUCUAUGGUUUAUUAUUUUGCAUAUUUGUCAAGGAUUGCUAAAAACUAUAUGUUGAGAAAAGGAUUUAAAAGUAUUUAUAUCAUUGAUGCACAUCGACACCAACUUUAUGGCUGACUGACUAGCAUGUCAUUUAACUCUCUUAAUUAUAUUAUUAAUUUUAUUACUGUUUAAUUAUCGAGUAAUCAUUACUGUUAAUAACUACAUUAAGUCAUGAGAAUACACAACCACAACUCAUUCACCAAAAUAAUAAUU